AUGGUAGCAGAGGGCGGGCUCACAGAGAAGGAAGCGGCUGUGUAUGAUCGACAGCUGCGUGUAUGGGGUGUGGAGACACAGAAAAGGCUGAGCUCCGCCAAGGUCCUCAUCGUCGGGUGCACGGGCCUUGGAGCCGAGGUGGCCAAGAACAUUGUGCUGGCCGGUGUGGGGUCGGUGACCCUCGUGGAUGACACGCCAUGCGCACAGCGUGACCCAGGCAACUUCCUCGUCCUGGCAGACGCUGACGGCAGCCGGACGGUGGCGCAGGCAUGUGCGGCCAUGCUCCGGGAGAUGAACCCCCUGGUGGAUGUGCAAGCCCAGGCCGGCCCGCCGGCGGGGUCUGGGCUAGAAAGGGAGGCGCACGGCCUGGUGCUGGACCUGACGGGGGACCCGGCCAGCGUGUCGGCCUCCAGCGUAGCGUGCCGGGCGGCAGGCCUCCCUUUCUUCGCGGGGGGCAGCCGGGGCACGAUCGGCUGGGCCUUUGCCGACCUGGGCGAGCACCGCACCAGCUACCCCUCCUGGGCUCGCGCCAUGGCUGCGGACGUGGGUGGCCGCAGCCUGAAGCGCGUGCACCCCGUCUACCUCAUGCUCAGAGCCCAGGCGCUCAGCCCGAGCGGGGCUGGCGAGGGAGCAGGCGCCGCCGCUGCCGACGCCAUCGCGCGACUGGACGAGGAGCUGGGGAGGCCCAGCAGCCUGCAGGCAGAGGCCCUGGAAAGCAUGACCUGCACCGCGCAUGGCCUGCCCGCGGUGUCCGCCGUACUGGGCGGCAUCCUGGCGAACGACGUGCUCAAGGCCGUCUCGGGGCGGGGCAGGCCCAUGGACAACUUCUUCCUGUACUCCAUCGCCGACGGCGCGGGGGUCGUGGACCGAUGGGGGGAUGCCUGA